GUUGGACAACAACGAUUAAGCGCAAACGGCUGACUGAAUGACAGACAAGGGGAACAGGUUCGCUGGUUGUCGAGUCGCUGCGAGUUAUACACAACAAAAGAACGGCUCGUCAUGAACAGACCGAACGGAACGUAGGAAUCGGACCGUACGCGUAUUUGAAAGCGGGCUUUUAAGUUUGGUCGCCAACAGCGACACUUGGAAUAUUUGGAUUAUUUAUUUAAAAUUGGAAUUGCUUUUGAGUGCGAAUUGUACACUACCGACGCGUCUAAACGAAUUUCUCGAAAAUGACUUCAUAGUCAAAAACAUACUAAAUAUAAUAACGAAUAUAUGAACAUAGAUAUCCGUGCGCGUUGCAAAAUAAUGUAGUGAAUCGUGGAAAAGUGAAAUAAGUGUGUUGAAAGAAGCUAAAUUCUAAAUACCUAGAAAAGAAUUGUAGCACAUUAAAUACGCAAUGAUAAAUUUAUGGGAAAAAAAAUAUUUUUGUUUAAACCAAAAAAUUUUUAAAUGAAAUGAAAUAAUAAAUAUGUAUUUAUUAAUUGUUUAUAUAAGCUACCAAAUGUGCUGUGUAUUUGUUUAAUGAAAAUCGUGCACAACAAUUUAAAAAAAAAAUCAAUACAAUUCAUUAUACAAGUUAUUAUCUCCUCGCCAAUAAGAAAACAACAGGUCCUUAAAUUAAGUCUCAGACAAAUUAAAAAACAACAAAAAAAAAACACAUAAAAAUUAUUCUGUAAUUCUGUGUCACUAUGAGCUCAUUUCUAAUGGGUUACCCACACGCGCCGCAUCACGUUCAAAGCCCGAUGGGUAUGGGUAAUGGCUUAGACCCGAAAUUUCCCCCCGUUGCCGACGACUAUCACCAUUAUAAUGGGCACUACUCUAUGACGGCCACGACGGGACAUAUGUCGGCAAUGGGUGCAACUAUGGGCGGCGGUUUGCCACCUAGCAUGCCGACGCAUCCUCAUGCUACUCACCCUGCCGACAUGGUCAAUGAUUAUAUGGCAGCCGCUGUUCAUCAUUCUGCCGCUAACCACCAUCCGCCGCACCCGCAUGCCCAUACAAAUAGCGCACUCUCAGGUCACCAUCACAAUAACGGUUAUACGAAUUAUGCUCCUACACCCACUCAUCAUCACCACCAAAGUCUCGGUUACUAUGGUCAUCAUGCGGCUGCGAUGCAUUCUGGUCCGCCGGAAUUCAUAUCGGCUGGAGCGGUGCACUCAGAACCUAUUGCACCGUUGGGGAAUGGUGUUUAUCCACCGCCGGUAAAUACGCCGAACGGAAUUAGCGCUUCACUCACCUCAAAUGGAUAUUAUAAUGGUUAUUAUGGUACAAAUGGCAGUGUCGGCAGUGCUCAUUCACAAGGUCAUUCGCCACACUCCCAAAUGAUGGAUAUACCCCUGCAAUGCACUUCGACGGAACCUCCGUCCAACACUGCACUGGGGCUUCAAGAAUUAGGUCUCAAAUUGGAAAAGCGCAUCGAGGAAGCAGCACCAGCCGGACAACAACUGCAAGAGCUGGGUAUGAGAUUACGCUGUGAUGAUACUGGAUCGGAAAAUGAUGAUAUGUUGGAGGAGGAUCGUCUUAUGUUGGACAGAUCGCCGGACGAAUUGGGUUCAAAUGAAAAUGAUGAUGAUUUGGCCGAUUCGGAUUCAGACGACGAUCUAAUGGGAGAAACAACAGAUGGCGAAAGAAUCAUAUAUCCGUGGAUGAAAAAAAUACAUGUGGCGGGCGUUGCAAAUGGCUCCUAUCAGCCGGGCAUGGAACCUAAACGCCAACGCACUGCUUACACCCGCCAUCAGAUACUCGAAUUGGAGAAGGAAUUUCACUACAAUCGUUAUCUCACACGACGAAGACGCAUCGAAAUCGCGCACACAUUGGUGUUGUCGGAGCGACAAAUCAAAAUCUGGUUCCAAAAUCGACGCAUGAAAUGGAAAAAAGAUAAUAAAUUGCCCAACACGAAGAAUGUUCGCAAGAAGACGGUCGACGCGAAUGGAAAUCCAACACCAGUAGCGCCGAAGAAACCGAAAAGAGUGAGUGCAAAGAAGCAAGCGCAGCAACAACAGCAGCAGCAGCAGCAACAUUUGCAGCAGAGUAGUCAGCAACAAACACAACAACCUCCAGUAAUAAAUGAGUGCUUGAGAACGGAUAGUUUGGAAAGUAUAGGUGAUGUUAAUUCGUCGCUGGCGAAUACACCAUAUAUGCCCGUUCCAAAUGAUCCCACGAACAUGCUUAAUGCUGCAGCGCUGCACCAGCAUCCAUGCAAUAACAGUAAUAACAACGGAAGUGGCAGCUAUACAGGAUCUCAACAACAACAACAACAGCAAUUGCCAAAUAGUCAUACGAAUGGUGGCAUUAACGGUGUACCUGGCAGCUUGCAAGCAACCACCAACAACAAUCAAAUGCAUGCGAACCAUCAUAACGCCAAUCAACACACGCACACGUCGCUGCCGCCGCCAACGCAACAAACGGAUAUGAUGGCGAAUCUGCAACAUAUAAAACAGGACUAUGAUCUAACCACACUGUAGAAAUUGAGGGUAUGGGGCAGACGCGCGGCCUAGGGUUCUUAAAGUAUACUCGUAGACAAAAUAAUUAAUUUCAUAUGAGUCGUGAAUUACAUUUGCCUGUACUAUUAGUCUUUUGAAUGCGUACAAGAAGUGUAAUUUUUCUAUUUUCUAAUAAUUUUAUGAGUUUGCUCUCACUAUUUUUUAAUUGUCAUAUUUUGGUUUUUAAUUUGGUGAUAUUCUUGUUAUUUACUUAUAAAAAAUCUGAAAAUGGAAACUUUUAAUAUAUUUUUUAGUUUCCCAUUUUUCUCUUACUACAACUUAUGAACAUAAAUACGCUAAAAUAAUGAACUAUAUUUACCUUAACGUCAAAAAUACUUUAUUAUGCUUUUAUUCAAAGGCAGUACAUAAUUAAGUAGCUUUUUAAAUUGCCAUUUUAAUGAUGGUCAAUAACAGAUUCGGAAAAUGCAGUGAAUUAGUUAAGUUAAAAUUUUAAUGUACAUAUAUACAUAAAUACAAAUACAUAUGUGCAUAUGUAUGUGUGAACACAGUGCUUUUGUAUAGUCUGUACAUAUGCAUAGGUAGUGAUUUAAACUGUAGAUAUUACUGUAUUUACAAAUGGAUUAUGUAAUUAUAUACAUAUGUAUGUAUGUAUAUAAAGUAAUGUUAUUGCAUAAUUUAAAUAAUUUCUUGGCGAAAGAAAUGAUAUCAGUACAUACAUAUAAAUAAAUACGUAGUUAUAGAGUAUAGUUGUAGUUGUAAUUUAAAAAAAUGUUUUAUUUAACUUUAUUAUAAUAAUGUAUAAGACGAUUGUACACAAAAUUAUAGACAAUAUUAAUACCAAAUAUAUUGAAAUCAAUAUCAGA